AUGGAUAUCCAACGCCAAUUUCCCGGUGUGCACUGGGUUUGGCGAGGAGGCAUCUCCUUUGUCUACGAGGUCCAUCCUCUCAUCGUGGUCAAGGUUCCCAAGUCCGGUCAGGAAGAGAGAGAGAAAUUUCGCAAAGAACUCAAGAUCUAUGAGAUUCUAUCUCGGCAUCUGCCCUGCCCCUCUUUGGUGCAGUGUUUCCACUAUACAACGGACGGAAUCUUUCUUGAGUAUAUGAGAGGUGCAAUCCCUUUCGGAGACAAUUCAAUCUUACUCGCGACUACGAAAGUCGUCUUAGAUUUUGAUUGCACGGCCGAAUUCGGAACAGAUUUCGAAACUUGCCCUUGCCCACACGGAAGACUGCUCAAUAAUAAGGAAGCAGACCAAGGACUACCAGGAACUGCCAGCCUCCUGGGUACUCGAACAGAGCUGUUCGCUCUCGGUUCGUUGUACUACUUGAUCAACUACGGCUUUGGGGUUUAUGACGAUCAACGUCUUGCCGACGAUCCUUACGAGCAUGGACCUAGGGUCGUGGACUUACUACAGGACAUGGAGUUUCCGAAGCUCGAUGGCGAUCCGCUUAUUGACGAUAUCAUCGAUAAAUGCUGGCACAACCAAUAUCGCACGCUUGCGGAUUUGGCCACACACACAGAGACGUUGCUUAAGCAACCACGAAGCGAAGCACUGAACCACAAAGCAACCUCUCCUCCGGGAUGGCGCACAGAUAUAGGCAGAAUACUGCAUCAGUUAUGGUAUAGCCCCGGGGCCCAACGGCGGAGUAACGGCGAGGUAGCCAAUGGUGACGACUAUUACAAGGUGGAUCAGAAGCAUCCUGGUGAGCAUUUAUCUUCGAAACAGGAAUUCUGCCCGGGCUUGGAGAAGCGUGGACUUCUUCGCCUACUUGCUUCGAGUAAGCCCAUGGAGCUUGGAUUCAACAUGGAGCACAGGCAUGUGUCAUCAACUACUUCGGCGAACUGA